AUGCUGGACAAGCUGUGCACGAAGAUCAGGUACAACAAGCUGGACGACGCGAACUACGAAAGACUCAACACGGCGGUCCUGAAAAAGACGGGCAAGGACCUGAGUAAGCAGAAGUUUAAGCUGGAAGGGAUACUGUCUCAAAUACCGCCGCAGGACCUAUUCUGCCUAAUAGGACUGGACCUGAAGUCUGACAAGAAGGUGAACAGCUACGUGACGUUCCCGAAGCAAAUAAGCCUUAACGUGAUAAAGGAGGACACGGAAACGUACGAAAAACUAACGCUGCCACCACUGGAGAAUAAAAUACAGCCGAGGGACGAGGAUUUGAUAUCGAUCGAGUCGCUCCCAGAGUGGGCGCAGAAGGCCUUCAGAGGAAUAGAAAAGUUGAACCUGAUUCAGUCGAAGGUCUUCAACACGGCCUUCAAUACCACUCAAAACCUACUGGUGUCUGCUCCCACAGGCUGUGGAAAGACGAAUGUGGGACUGCUGUGCGUACUCCACAACUACAGAGACUACUUUGAAAACGGAACGAGGUGCGGAAAGGUCGUCUACAUAGCGCCAAUGAAGGCCCUGGCCUCAGAAAUAGUGGACAAGUACUCGAGUUCCCUCUCCCAGUUCGGACUGGCGGUGAGGGAAGUGACAGGAGACUACCAAGUGCCCAAAAGCGAGUUGGAGGAGAUAGACAUAAUAGUGACGACGCCCGAAAAGUGCGACGUCGUGACGAGGAACUCGUUCUCAACGUCCACGCAGUCAGACGACUCGUUCCUGACGCGAGUGAACUUGAUCAUAUUCGACGAAAUACACUUGCUCAACGACGAAAGAGGCCCAGUGAUAGAGACGAUAGCAGCAAGGUUCUUCAGGCUGAUUGAAACGACGCAGGUGACCAGGCGAGUGGUGGGCAUAUCUGCGACACUGCCGAACUACGAGGACAUAGCGACCUUCCUGAGGGUGGCGCCGGAAAACACGUUCUACUUCAACAGGGAGUACAGGCACGUGCCACUGGAGCAAGUAUUCUACGGGAUAAAAACGGACGACCAGCAGAAGACAAACGCACUGAGCAUAUGCUUCAGUCACGUAGUGGAGACGCUGGAAAAAGGGAAGCAAUGUAUGGUAUUUGUGCACUCAAGAAAUGAGACGCUGUCGACAGCAAUGAAGAUAAUUGACCUCAUAAAGGAGAAUGAUAAGGCGGAUCUGUUCUACUCGGAAAUGGGCAUAUAUAAGAAGUACGCAAGCGCAUUGAACAAGUUGACGACUCUGAGGACACUGGCAGAGUACUCGAUAUCGAUACACCACGCAGGGUUGAGUAAAAAUGAUAGAGACCUGGUAGAAGAUAUGUUUAAGUCAGGGUUAGUGAAGAUGUUGGUGUGCACGUCGACGCUGGCCUGGGGAGUUAACCUACCAGCACACUGCGUUAUCAUCAAGGGCACGUUCAUAGGAGGAGUGGGAGUGGACAGGAACAUCAAUAACCUGGAGCUAAACCAGAUCAUGGGAAGAGCAGGAAGACCACAGUUCGACACUGAGGGAAAAGGAGUGCUGAUAACAGAACAUAAAAACCUGUACAGCUACGUAAGAAUGCAAACAGAAAGAGUGCCAAUAGAGUCGCAAUUACACAGACACCUGGAAAACGCACUAAACGCAGAAAUAGCAAUAGGAUCAAUCAACAAUGAAGCAGAAGCAGUGACAUGGCUGCAAUACACAUACCUGUACGUGAGAAUGGGAAAGAAUCCACUCUACUACGGAAUUAACGGAAACGACGAGGAAACACAGCUGAGAUAUAGACAGGAAAUAGUUAAAAAUGCAGCAAAAAACUUAGAUAAGUCGAAGCUGAUAAGGUACGCGAAGAAAGUGGGAGAGUUCAGCUCGACAGACCUGGGAAGAAUAGCAGCAAGGUACUACGUGGAUUACGAAACGACGCACAACCUGGCGUCGUCACUUAACCCACUGCUCUACUACCAAGACGGAAUCAUGAAGGACAGGUCCUAUAACACGAGAUUCGAGUCAGUGCUAUACAGAAACGAAGAGUACGAGGAGCUAAUGGACCUGAUGAAAGCACCGCAAGUAGUGUAUAAGCCGAAGGGAGGGAUCAACCACAUUAAAAACAAAGUGAGCAUUCUGAUACAAGCCUACAUAGGUAAAAUGUACGUGAAGGCAUCGAGUCUGCUGACGGACAUGAACUUCAUAGUACAGAACGCGCCGAGACUAGCAAGAGCAUACUUCGAAAUAUCGAUGUGCGAAACAGUCAACAAAAACAUACUCUCAAAUUUCACAGCACCAAUGAACACAGGAGGCUGGGGAGGAAACAAGGGACUGUCCAAAGAGCAAGGUCUGCUGAGCGCCACAGUAGUGGAGCGCUUCAACAAGUUCACGCUGGACCAAAUAGUGCACCUGACGAGCGAGGAGGUGUUGGACAUAGUGAGAAGCAGGACUGAGGCGGCCACAGCGCACAAGUACAUACGCUGCAUCCCGUACCCGGAGCUUAGGCUGUACAACCAGCCAAUCACAAACAAAAUCAGCAAGUUGACGGUGACGAUGGAGCUGAAGAAUGAGUGGAGCAGGCGCUGGAACGGCCAGGCGGAAGUCUUCUACGUCUGGGUGUGCACGAGCUCGAGGCUGCUGUGCAACGCGCAGCUGACCUUCAGCGGCAGAGGAGCGCAGUACGCGGAGUUCUACGUGCCAAUCCACAACAAGCACGAAAGCUACAGAGUUAAGGUAUUCUCGACCACGUGGCUCAACCUGAGCUUUGAAAUACCGACGCGCUUCGACGACGCGGCGACGACUGCGGACGAGUACACGCCGCUGCAGAAGCUUAACCCGCUGCCGACGGCGGCACUGGGCGCCGACAACAUCUACGCAUUCAGCCACUUCAACCCGCUGCAGACGCAGCUGUACCACAGGGCGCGCCACAGCGACGAAAGCCUGGUGGUGGCGGCGCCCACAGGCUCAGGCAAGACGCUCGUGGCGGAGCUGGCGCUCUUCAGGCUCUUCGAGCGCCACGCGGACGCAGUGGCAGUCUACGUGGCGCCGCUGAAGGCGCUCGCGCACGAGCGCUACAAGGACUGGGCGCGCAAGUUCCACUUUAAGCGGGUUUUGCAGCUGACGGGCGACGAGUCGCUCCCGACCCUACAGGGGCCAGCACGUGACGACCUGGAAAAUUAUAACAUCAUCAUAACGACGCCGGAAAAGUGGGACGGCAUCUCCAGGCACUGGAAGAGGAGGAAGCUGGUGUCGAAGGUGGGCCUGACGAUAUUCGACGAGUUGCACCUGCUGGGCGAGUCGAGGGGCGCGACGAUAGAGUCGAUAGUGGCGAGGCAGCACACAAUAAACCAGACCACGAUGGCCAAUACCAACACAAUAGCAAACAAAAAUAACGCACAUUCCUUAGACCAUAAGAUGAGGUACGUGUGUCUGAGCACGUCCCUGUCGAACAUCCACGAGAUCUCGGAGUGGCUGGGCGUGACCGACGUCUACAACUUCUCGCCUGCAGUGAGGCCCGUUAAGUGUAACCUCUACAUCGACGGAUUCUCAAUCAAGGCAUACUGUCCGAGAAUGAACUCCAUGAACAAGCCGUGCUUUGACACGAUACUGAAGCACGACCAGGGGGCAAACGUGCUGAUAUUCGUGUCAUCGAGGAGGCAGACGAGGAUGACUGCACAGGACCUGAUGGGACUGCUGCAGUUCCACAACUACACCUUCGGGGACCAGGAGUCGCCGCGCGACCACGGCCAGCACGCGUUCGACGACGAGUGGCUUAACGUGUUCGUGCCUCACGGAAUAGGAAUACACCACGCGGGACUAAGUGCGAAGGAUAGAGAGCUGGUUCAGGAUUUGUUCCUUAAUAACAAGAUCAAAGUGUUAAUUGCGACAUCGACACUGGCUUGGGGAGUGAAUUUGCCGGCGAAGAUAGUGAUAAUAAAGGGCACUGAGUUCUACGACGGGAGAGUUAAGAAGUAUAUCGACUACUCAGCAACAGAUAUAAUACAGAUGGUAGGAAGAGCUGGUAGAAGCAUAGAAGACGGAGAGGCAUACGCAUACAUAUUCACGGAGACGAGGAAGGUGGGAUUCUACAAGGCCUUCAUGUUCACGCCGUUCCCAACGGAGUCGUUCUUCCUGGAGAAAAUCAACGACGCACUAAACUCGGAAAUAGCAACAGGCUCAGUGACGACGAAGAGGAAAGCACUGGACUACCUGGCAAGAACAUUCCUGUACAAGAGACUAAAGUCGAAUCCAAAAUAUUACACACAGUCGCCAAAUAUAUUAGAUGAUGGGAAGGUGGAUCUUAUCACGGAGUUAAAGCCGGAGGAAACAGUGAAGUUUGAGAGUAGCGUGAAGAUGGACGACAAUAUGAAACUGGAGGAACUGUGCGAAGUGGUGAUCAACAACGCAGUGUCGGAGUUGGUUAAGCUGGGAUGCGUCUCCCUGGAGUAUCCGCAGGAAGAGUUUAAGAUCAUGGAGCACGGCCUGCUGGUGCCGACGCUCAACGGGAGCCUGGCCUCACAGUACUACAUAAGCUGCAGGACAGUGCACGAGUUCUCAAGCAUGGACCUGGCGAGAGACCUGGGAUUCUACGAAAUCAUGAGGAUACUGGCCAACGCAAAGGAGUUUAACCUGGUCCCGCUGAGGCACAACGAGGACGUGUACAACGUGCAGCUGUCGCAGAGGUGUCCGAGCAGGAUCGCAGAGUCGGAGGCGUCAAACCCGAACGCUAAGGCGUUCCUGCUGUUCCAAGCAAGGCUGUACAACAUCAGGCUGCCAGUGUUCGACUACAACAACGACACAAAGUCGAUACUGGACCAGCUGCCAAGGAUCAUUCAGAUAAAUAUGUACUGGUGCCUAGUAAUUGUAUGCCUCCUGGAAAUAUUCAUCAUCAAUCGCAAUUUCAACAAUGUCAGUUACCUGCUGUUGCUGUAUAAGUGUCUGUAUUAUGGCUUAAAUCCAAUGCGUCUAGAGCUCCCGUAUGACAUAAACUAUGAGAUGGAAGUGAGUGUGAACAAUAUAAAAGAGAAGUACAUAACAAGGGACUGCAACAUUAAGCUGACGAUCAAAUUACAUGAAUUAAGUAACACGAAUGAAACACACUACCUGUUCGUGGUAAAUAAAAAAACAAAUGUAAUAUAUGGAUAUAAAAAGGUGUACAGAGAAUCGACACAUACAUUUAAACUGAGAGUUGGUCAAAGAAGUAACUUGACACUGGGAAUCAUACUAUCAUGUCCAACAUUGUUACUGUAUGAGCAGGAAGUAUGCGUACACAUUGAGGCAAGAAGUAAAAAGUAG